AGGCAUCACAAAAUCAAGGUGCAGAGGUUACUGAUGGACCUGAUGGACCAUUUUCAGGUAUGGUUGCUUUUCAUUUUUUAUUGGAUGUCUGUAAGUUUUAAACCUAGUAAUUAAUUUCUGUGGUGUUUUCUUGGAACAAGUGAUGUGUUCAGACAUCUCAGGUGAAUAUCAUUCAUUAUUGAACUGUUCUGAGCACUGUUUCCCCAAGAAGCCUUGUGUCUCCAGGCAGACACAAGGUGGACAUGCACCUUACAGGCUCUCAAUGGUACCAGCAGCAGUGGUCCUGCCUGCAGCAGUGAGCUGAGCCAGGUACAUCCACCUUCACAGAGUAAAAUAGGCUCUCACUUGGCUCUGGCUGCAGUUGCCUGCCAGCAGGGACAUCCCUGACAAUGAAAGUGCAGCUCUUGCUCUGUCUGUACACAGCAGAGCAUUUUAAGCUAGCAUUGUCAUGGCUUUUUGGAAAGAGAAAAUUUAACAUGUGUGGCCUUGACUCCAAGGGAGCUUGUCUAGGGUUGAUUGUAGGAGGUGGUGCCGGCACUGCUCCCCCUCUGUUUUUUGAACUGCUCCGUAAUGCAGUGUGAGAGGAGCCACUUUCAUGUAUUUCAGAACUUCUCAUUGGGGAAGUUCUGUUUGACAUUGAAUGAUGAUAUGUGUGAUUCUUGGUGGUGGUGUAAAUAGAUCUCAAGUGAAUAUUUAACAUUCAGUAAUUGGGGUCUGAAGACUUGCAGCAGUAAGGCAAUUGUGGUAUUGGGGGGUACUUUUGUUUUGGGCUGGCAUUGAGGAAACUCAGGUAGGACAGGUCUAGUUGCUGGUAGGACAUAGGGCAACAUGCUCCAUGCAGUACCAGUUAGGAACUGGGGUUUGUCACAGCAUCACAGAAUAUACUGAAUUGGAAGGGAUCCACAAAGAUCAUCAAGUCCAGCUCCUGGUUCCGUGAAUCCCACCAUGUGCCUGAGAACACUGUCCAAGUGCUUCCUGAACUCUGGCAGACUUGGUGCCAUGAUCACUGUUCUGGGGAGCCUGCCAAGUGCUUGACUACACUUGGGUUGAAGAACUCUUUCCUAAUUUCCAUGUAAAUGCUUCAAUAUGGUUUCAGGUUAUUUUUUCUUCAGGGACAUGACAUUAGGAAGUGCUUUGCUUGACUGCUGUGGGAAGUUUCUGCAUUAUUCAAUUACCAUUGAAUUUAACUUCUCAAAACAUUAGCAGUGCCUUCAAUAGACAACUGGCAAGUUUACAGUGUUCUACAAAAUUUAACUGUGUGUGUUUGAGUGAUUAGGUUUGCAGUUGAACACCAGAAAGGCAGAGUCCAGGGAGCAGCCAGCGUGGAAAGAAAGAAAAACAGAGAUCAGAAGAGUCCCACAAAGCACUUCAGAUCCCGUGCCUGAGAGGAAAAGAACAACACCCAUGAACCCUGCAAACAUCUUCCAGAAAAUUUCCAGUGGAGUUUCUGACCGACCAUUCAAGGACAGGGUAAUUCACUUGUUGGCUCUGAAGAAUUACAAGAAGCCAGAGUUACUUAAUCACUUACACAGAGAUGGAGUCAUGCAAAAGGACAAGGAUUCCCUUGAAAUGAUCCUUCAGCAGGUAGCCAACCUGAAUGCAAAGGAUAAUUCCUUCAGUCUGAAGGAACAUUUAUUUAAAGACAUUCAGAAAGAUUGGCCUGGCUACACUGAAGUAGACAGAGAGGUUUUGGAGAUAAGACUUUCUAGAAAAUCAGCUUUCUCUCAAAAUGCCACCAGCACCAGCCAUUUGACACCUUGGGGACCUUCUGAUACAGAUGCUCCAUCAAGAACUUCUGAGAAACGGCCUCUGGAUUCCAAUUUCACCUUCCCUGUGGUGAGCAAAAAGCAGAGGAUUGGUCGCCUGGCCAGUCGAGUCCAGCCAGCAGCCGGUGGCCUCAGUCCUGCUUCCUCAACGCUGCCUCCCACAGACCUUCCAACUUCUAACACAUCUGAAACUGUCAGCUCCAUUUUCCUCUGCACCUCUGAGGUGCAACAAAAGGAUAUACCUCAGACUCCUUUUGAAACUCCAGUGCAUGGGGUUGAAGAAACUUUCACUGUCUCCGCAGACCCUGUGUCAUCAAGGGAACAACCAGACUACUUCAUAAAAUACACAGCUAUAGUGUCCUAUGAACAACGCCAGAGCUACAAGGAUGACUUCAAUGCAGAGUAUGGCGAAUACCAGAAUUUGUUGGCUCAGACAGACAACAUUGCCAAGAAAUUCGGGAAGUUUAAUGAACAACAGAAGUUUGUGACUCAGGGGUCCACAGAAUAUCAGAUGCUUUGUUGUCAAGUCCUGACAGAGCAUAAGAAGAUACAACAGUUUAGCCCCAUCUACUCUGAAUUGAAGAAGAAAUGUCAGUACCUACACAGCAAGCUGUCUCACAUUAAGAGACUAAUCCAAGAAUUUGACAAACAGCAAGAGGAGUCCUGUAACCAGUCAUCUGCUUUGGCCGGGACACAUCUAUGAGCUGUGGCAUAUUUAUUUAGUUCCCCUAGGAUUCUUUCUCUUAAUAGUGAACAUUAGUUUGUUUGUUUAAAACUGAAGAUUAGCUUCUAUAGGAUUAUAUAAGUUAGUAUUGAGCAGUAGGUUGUUUAUUUAAAAAACAAUAUGCAGUUCCUUUAAUAGUAUGUAAGAUAGUAUUUCAUGUUUUCAUUAAAGAAGUUUCAGUAUUGUUAACUCCUUGUGGCGGUGUUGCUUAUAUCAUAU